GCGGACAUAUUGAUACAACUGUGAGAAAGUCGUCACAGAUAUUCCGACCAAAAACUGCGAAUAGCAUUGCGACAAAGCGCCACCAACACUUGUAGACUGAUUUUACAGUAAUUUAGAUUUUACAACUCUAGUACAACACAAGACACAACAUGACUUCAAGAAAGAAGGUCCUUCUCAAGGUUAUCAUCCUUGGUGACAGUGGUGUUGGCAAGACUUCACUGAUGAACCAGUAUGUCAACAAGAAGUUCAGCAAUCAGUACAAAGCAACCAUUGGCGCAGAUUUCCUCACAAAAGAAGUCAUGGUUGAUGACAGAUUUGUCACAAUGCAGAUAUGGGAUACUGCUGGUCAAGAGAGGUUUCAGAGCUUGGGCGUGGCCUUCUACAGGGGGGCAGACUGCUGCGUACUGGUCUUUGACGUCACGUCACCCAAUUCUUUCAAAUCCCUGGACAGCUGGCGAGAUGAGUUCCUGAUCCAGGCCAGCCCACGAGACCCCGAGCACUUCCCCUUUGUCGUACUAGGCAACAAGGUCGACUUGGAUAACAGAAUUGUUUCUGCAAAGAGAUCCCAAAGCUGGUGUGACAGUAAAAACUCCAUCCCUUACUUUGAGACGAGUGCAAAGGAGAGCAUCAACGUGGAGCAGGCCUUCCAAACAAUAGCCAAGAAUGCCCUUGCACAAGAACCCGACGACUCAACGUACCAAGAUUUCCCCAGCCAGAUCAAACUCGAUAACGACAACAAGGGCAAGACAGAAGGCUGCGCGUGCUGAGGACUGUGUACAUCAUAUGAUUUUUUUUCACCCUUAUUUUAUCUUUAUUUCUUUUUUUUCCCUUAUUCCUGGUAAAUUUUUU